CCGCCCACGGAGCCCGAGUCUCCAAAGCCUGGGAUUAGGGCCCCGGAGGCUGGCACCACACCCUGGCCAGGUGUUCAUAGCAGGACCAGGUGCGCCGCUGCCCCGCCCCGGGCCCCAGGAGCCCCGGAUAAUGACUGAGAACCCGAGAAACAGGCCGCAGCUGUGGCCUAAACAAUACCCCGAGGGCACCCGUGCCAGCAGGUGUCCCCCCCUCCUUAGGGACAGUCGGUGCGGGACUGCCUGGGGCGGGGUGGGCAACAGGUGUUGACACGAGAACCGCACGGGGGACGGAGUCUGCUGAGACAGAUGUCGGUGCCCACCGCGCGGGCCAAGUUGCGCAGUACCCUCCGAGACGCAAGGGGCGCUGUGGCCGCGCUGAGCCUCACAGAGUUUCGAUCCCAUCCCUCCUGCGACCCGGUUACUACGCGCCGUGCAGCCAUGGCCACGGCUCUUGCCCUUCGCUGCCUGUACAGAGCGCAGCCUGCGCGGCUCUGUCGCCUCGUCUAUCCGCUGUGGACGACCCCGCGACGUGGCCACCGACUCUCUCCGGCGGAUGAUGAGCUGUACCAGCGGACGCGCAUCUCGCUGCUGCAAAACGAGUUUCCUCAGGCCGUGUACAUUGACAGCUACAACAGCAGAGGUUUCAUGAUCAACGGAAACCGCGUGUUUGGCCCCUGCGCGUUGCUCCCACAGACGGUGGUCCAGUGGAAUGUGGGGUGCCAUCAGGAUAUCACUGAAGAGAGCUUCUCCCUUUUCUGGAUGCUGGAGCCUAAAAUAGACCCUCAACACAUGGUUGUCUCCCCUUUCUUAGAGAUUGUUGUGGUGGGCACUGGAAACAAGACUGAGCGGCUGCACCCCCAAGUACUACAGGCCAUGAGGCAGCGCGGCAUCGCUGUGGAGGUGCAGGAUACGCCUAAUGCUUGUGCCACUUUCAACUUCCUGUGUCAUGAAGGCCGAGUGACAGGAGCUGCCCUCAUUCCCCCUCCUGGAGAGACUAUACUCCCCUCUUUGGGUCAAGCUGCAGAAUGAAACCUCAGAAGAGUCAAGGAGGGCACUGGCACUUUGCAGAGUGCAGGGACGCCCAGUGCCUUCCCAACCCUUUGCCUUUGGGCACUUUCCACACUGUCAUGCAUACCAAGAAUAACAACUUAUACUUCUACAUACAAA